GGAACCCAUCUUUUUCGUAACUAGACGUUCCUCUUAGAUUUGGAAAAAUGGCGGUGUUACCAUUUUUUGAUUUGUCGAAAUUUGAAGGUGAUGGAAUUAAGACCCUCAAGUGGCUUCAAUACGUCGGUUGUUUGGAAACUCGGGUGUUUCCUGAACACUUUGAAAAAUCUUUAGAAAAAGUAAAAAAGAUUUCGGAGUCUGUUGAUUUGAUUGUCGAUAUAACAACGGGACUGUCCAUUGAAGAAUGUAUUAAAAUUUUGAACGCCGGUGCUUUAGCUAUUUUGGUGAAUGAAGAAGUUCUGCAAGAACUGUCUGACAUUUCUCCUAGCCGUCUCAUUUUAAAGACAAAUACCACUGACAUAAAAAAGGUUGAAGAGCUUUGUAAAUUUGCUGGCUCUUUUCAAUGGAUUGCAAGAACACAAGACUAUCCUCCUGAUUUUUUUGAGAAAGCUAGUAAGCUGAUCCACAAGUCAGUCUUGCCAGCUGGUGGAAACCGCAUGCUUUAUUUAGAAUUUCCUGUCAAACCCUCUGUUGACACAUUAGCUUCUAUCUCCUUGCAUUCUGUUGUUCCAGUUGUCACCAGUGAGUUUCUCACAGUUAACAAAGAUGCUGAACCAGAAAAAUUACAUCUCUCUGAUAUGGUUAUGAUUGACGCCAAGACCGAUCGAAAAGAUGGUCUCUACUCCACUUUGGUUGUAAAUGAGCUUGGCGUUGCUCUUGGUCUUGUUUACUCCAGCAAAGAAAGCGUUGCUGAGUCUAUGAAAACAGGUACCGGUGUUUAUCAAUCCCGUAAGCGUGGCUUGUGGUACAAAGGAGCGACCUCCGGUGCUGUCCAAAAGUUGUUGCGCAUCGAUUUGGACUGUGAUGGAGACUGUCUGCGUUUCGUCGUUCAUCAAACCGGAAAAGGCUUUUGCCACCUUGACACUUUGCAUUGUUUUGGUCAUGCCUCUGGUUUACCUCAGUUGGAAUCUGUUUUGACAGAUAGAAAAGAGAAUGCUCCCGAGGGCUCUUAUACCGCUCGUCUCUUUUCCGAUCCAAAAUUGUUGCGUGCCAAAAUUAUGGAAGAAGCUGAAGAACUUUGUGAUGCUAAAACCAAAGACGAAGUUACUUGGGAGAUGGCUGAUUUACUUUACUUUACCAUAACUCGUUGCGUCGGUUCAGGUGUUACUUUAGAAGACAUCAGCCGUCAUUUAGACUUAAAGCAUCGUAAGGUCACUAGAAGAAAAGGUGAUGCUAAAAAGGCUUGGGAAGAAAAGUUGAAAGAUAAGGGAGGUGUUGCCAAUUCUGAGUCCUCAUGAUUCCUUUAAUUAUUGAGAUUACGUUUUCACUUGGUAUAGACAAUAACUGAAAAGAACAAGUAAAUAGACCACUAUCUUAACGUCCUUUAGUCAAUUGCAUAAAUUAAGCGCAUGAUAUUACAACAAAAAUUUAUUUCCUUCUAACGCUUUCAGCGUCGAAUUUCUUUAAAAUUAGUUUUACCAUUAUUAACCAAGAAAAUAAACAAAAUAAAAACAGUGAAACAGUUUUUUAGACAAUAUACUUUAACAGAGCGGUGUAGUAAAAAAAUAAAAGGU